AUGGCUAAUGUGUAUAAAUUUAAGUUUAAUGUUCGUGGUAAGGUUCAAGGUGUUUUUUUUAGAAAGUAUACAAAGCUUGAGGCUGAUAAAUUAGGGAUUAAGGGCUAUGUCAGGAAUGAGGAGGAUGGAAGUGUUUCUGGAGAGGGUCAAACUAAUGACGAAUCUAAAAUGAAUGAAUUUAAACACUUCUUAGAGUCUGUUGGAUCUCCAAAUUCAAAAAUCGAAUCCUGUUCAUUCACUCUCGACAAUGAUUCCACUUCUAACUACGAUUCCUUCAAUAUACUAUACUAA